AAUGCAGCUUUUUAAAAUCCUGCUUCAACCUGCUGUCGGAAGUGAAAAGAGCAAAGAGAAAGUCCAAAUGGAGCCCAAAAAGAAGUUGAUAAACUCUGCAGACGGCUGUGUGGACGAGGCUCUCGUCGGCCUGGUGAGGGCCAGCGGGGGCCUCUCUCUGCUGAAGGGCCACAGGGUCGUGCUCCGCUCUGACCUGGACAACCUGAGGGGCAAAGUGGCCCUGCUGUCCGGAGGGGGGUCAGGACACGAGCCGGCACACGGGGGUUAUGUAGGAGCAGGAAUGCUGUCUGCAGCUGUAGCAGGUGGAGUUUUUGCAUCUCCUCCCCCUGCUAGCAUCCUGGCUGCUAUUCUCUCCUUGCACAAUGCAGGAGCCUCGGGUGUCCUCCUCAUUGUGAAGAACUACACCGGCGAUCGCCUCAACUUUGGAUUGGCCGCGGAGCAGGCCCGCAACCACGGCGUCAACGUCGACAUGGUGAUAGUCGCAGACGACUGCGCCUUCAACCAGCCCAGUAAAGCCGGGAGGCGGGGCCUGUGUGGCACCAUCUUCAUACACAAACUCGCGGGGGCCUUAGCAGAGCAGGUCGUUUCCAAGGUGACGGAGGUUUUGAAGGGGAUUGGUACACUGGGCGUGAGUCUGUCUCCCUGCAGCGUCCCGGGCUGCCUGCCUUCUUUCGAGCUGCCGCCCGGAGAGAUGGAGCUCGGACUGGGAAUCCAUGGUGAACCCGGGAUCAAAAGAUCACAGGUGGCUUCAGCAGAUGAGAUCGUAAAGACGAUGAUAGACCACAUUACCAACCCUGACAGCCAAUCACAUCUGUCCGUUAACUCAGGAGACAGUGUUGUGGUGUGCGUGAACAACCUCGGAGCUCUGUCUUGUCUGGAGAUGGCCGUGGUUACCAGGGCGACCAUCAUCUGUCUGGAGAGUCGUGGUGUAGUUGUUGCCAGGGUGAUGUCAGGGUCGUUCAUGACAUCACUGGAGAUGGCGGGUGUGUCACUGACACUGAUGAAGGCCAAUCUGGAAACACUGAGAUUGUUUGAUGCUAAGACCGCCGCCUCGGCCUGGCCGAACCUGAGCAGUGUGAGUGUUAGCGGACGCAGCUACAUGAUUGAAUCUCAAGCCAUGAGCACACGACCACAGGACGGCACUUAUUCUGAAGGGCCGCUGAGUCCUGUGAUGCGUAAAGUGCUGGAGCGGGUUUGCUCCGCACUCUUGGGAAAGCAGGAGGAGCUGAACUCCCUGGACCGAGCUGCUGGAGACGGCGACUGUGGAAACACUCACGCACAAGCCGCUAAAGCCAUUCAGGAGUGGCUCCGGGAUCAUGUGGUCCCUGGUUGCCCGGGACAACUGUUAUCUGUCCUGGCUGGACUGGUGCAGGAGAAGAUGGGCGGGUCUUCAGGAGCGUUGUACAGUCUGUUCCUGACUGCAGCAGCUGGUCAUGUGACCGAGGGGCGGAGCAACGCCGCAGCCUGGGCUAAUGCAAUGCAUGCUGGGACACAGGCCAUGAGGAGAUACGGAGGAGCCGACGCUGGAGACAGAACAAUGUUGGACGCUUUGUGUCCUGCUGUGGACGAGCUGAUGAAGCUGACCAAAGCUCCCCCUGGUGGCGAGAUGGCUGUACUACAGAAUGCGGUGGAAAAAGCGUCCUCAGGGGCAGAGUCCACCCGUGACCUGACAGCGAGGGCGGGGCGAGCCAGCUACAUCGCUGCUGAGCGGGUCACCCUGCCCGACCCCGGCGCUGUGGCUGUCGCCGCCAUCUUGAAAGCAGUGCUGGAGUCACUGAAGGGAUAGAAAUAGUGCAACAAACAGUAUCUGAAUAUUACAGUCAUCAAACUCUGUCACAACACCAUUAUGGCUCAGAUUUUAGACUGAUUUUACAAAAUACUUCAAGAUUUAGCAAGAUCAUUUUCAAACUUAUUAUAAAGCACAAGAGCAGAACGAUUGUUUUAAAACUCACCGUAAAAUCCAGAAUAUAAAUUGCAUCAGUAUAAAAGACAUCUCCAUCCAGAAGUGAAAAAGGUUUUAACUGUCUUCCUUCAUUUUUUGUUGGUGGUGGCUGUACUUGCUGAGCUCAGGUCUCAGCAUUUCAUACUGGUUUAUCGGUCGCACUGGUAUAAAGGACACAGCCCACUUUUGAGAUGAAGAACAAGGUGUUAAAAGUGUGACAUGUACACCGAAUCUUACGGUAAAUUACAUUUUGGAAAACUGUUAGCAGUGAUGAAAUAAAUAUAGUGGAUAGAGUAAGUGGUCAAACCAGUGAAAUAUUGUGAAGACAAUUAAAGUGUUGCAAGACUAAAUAACUUAUUCAUUUAAAGAAUAAUGAUUGACAAUGUUGUUUAAUCGUGAACAUAACAUUCCUUGUAAGUAGUAACACAAUAAAAGAUCAUUUUUGCACUUCA